CUGGAGACACCGACUCACUGGGAGGAAUCGGAUGAAUUCUUGAUUGAUAUGGACUGCGAUGGUUCGGAUUCCAGAGAUGCCAGCAAGCUGUAUAAAAUGAAGUGGAUGCCCGAAGAGAACCGAACUGAUGGUCAGUGCCAACAUCGGUGGCUAAAGGUUCUCAAUCCAGAACUUGUGAAAGGUCCGUGGACAAAAGAAGAAGACCAGAAGGUAAUUGAACUGGUCCAGAAAUAUGGGCCCAAACGUUGGUCGUUGAUUGCCAGACAACUCAAGGGAAGACUUGGAAAACAGUGCCGUGAACGGUGGCACAAUCACCUCAAUCCCGAGGUGAAAAAGUCACACUGGACAGAAGACGAGGACAGGAUUAUUUACGAAGCACACAAGGUCCUUGGGAAUCGCUGGGCAGAGAUUGCAAAACUGCUACCCGGCAGGACAGACAAUGCGGUAAAGAACCAUUGGAACUCAACAAUGAAAAGGAAGGUGGAGAUGGAGGAUUACUUGCAAGAGUCCGGCCAGAGUAUUCCCAUGUUUGUCAUCGCUCAUUCAGAUGAUGGGGAAAUCCAGUGUUUUCGGACAACAAUGACUGAGACACCUGUACCACAAAGCUCUGAGAUCUCAGAAACAUUCCCACAACCGGCAUCCGUCACCGUGAAGCAGGAGGACAGUUUUCAGACGGCCAGCUUGUCAGACAGUCUUCUCCAGGAAACCUCUGAGCUCAAUGACAAUGGUUCGUCCAGCAGCACCUCUGACGUCCAGCUGGAGCCCGAGCAGCCCAGCUGCACCCAAUCCCAGGAAUGCAAUGAGUCGGCUGACGAGGCUUGUUGCAGUAUGUUCCUGGUUGUGGAUUCCGGAGAAAUAUUUCCUGAGCCUUCGACUGCUGAAUUGUCUGAACCUUUGGAGCUUGUCCAAUGUUACCCAGAUGGAUGGUGUGAACUGCCGAACUUUGACUUGCCAGAAGAGCCGGCCACCAGUCUAGCUAAACAAACUCCUGAUAAAAAGAGCUCAGUGGCUGAGCAAACUGUAACUGAAUUUCACUUUGAUGCAACUUCCAUCUCGGACCUGAGCAAAAGCGUAAAGAAAGGGGAACUGAUUCCUAUGAUCACCUCCCCAGUGGCGGGCAGCUUCAGUACUCCGCCAACAAUCCUGAGGCGCAAGAAGAAGACCAAGGUUACACUGUCGCCAGUUAAUGACAGCAGUAACUCUAACAACAGUUCUGUGGUCAUGGACACCAGUAACAGCACCAUGACCCCCAAGAGCACUCCAGUGAAGAGUCUGCCUUUCUCACCCUCGCAGUUUUUGAAUUUCUGGACCAAACAAGACAGUCUUGAUAUAGAGAAUCCCUCUCUCACCUCUACACCAGUCUGCAGCCAGAAAAUAGUGGUCACCACCCCUCUGCAGCGGGACUACACACCCAAACUUCAGAAGGAGAAUUCUGUGUCUUGUACCCCCAGAAGCCGCAGAUCCCUCUUGGACAGUACACCACGGACACCCACUCCUUUCAAAAACGCCCUGGAAAAGUAUGGAUACUUAAAGCCACGACCUCCGACGCCCCAUUUCGAAGAGGACCUUAAAGAGAUUUUACGGAAUGAGGCUGAUAUGGCGAUGCAUGAAGAGGAAAUGCAGGCAAUCAAAAGAAAGAUGUACAGGCAACACAGACCUCCUGUGAAGAAAGUGAGAAAGUCACUUGCUUUAGACAUUUUGGACAAAGAUACAAGUAAAGUGAAUCAAGCUUCAUCCAGCACCAAUAACCAGCAGUCAGAAAGCUUUCUGUCAAAUUCUUUGAACACCUCAACAAGUAAGAAUCACAACAGUACCCUGGACACAGGGUUCAUUAUCCCAAAGGAAGGAGCGAGCUGUUCCUCUGUGUGCUGUAAACAGAAAACUCCAAUCCGGAUGAACAGCGCUUGGGAAAUAGUGGCUUGUGGAAAAACAAAAGAUCAGCUGAUAAUGACGGAGAAGGCAAGGAAAUACCUAGAUACAUUCAAAGCGUCUCAAACUUCCAGGACCUUGAUUUUAUAACUUGCUGGAGAAAAGGUACCUUAUUUUUUGGGUACAAUAUUCUCUGGACGACUCUUUCAACAGAAAUUACCUUGCACAAUGCAGUGGGCUAAAGUUUUAAGACCAAUCUACAGAAAACCAAAAGCAAUGUUGCUGUUCCAGACUAUCCUUUUGGAAAGUGUUCCAUUUUAUCACCUUGGAUGUGAAGGUGCACUUAUUGUGGUCGGGAGAACAUCACGCAGGUGUGAUUUGAACUCUGCAACGUUUGUUUGUGAACUGAAGGGAAUCAUAUGCUUGUCGUUGGUAUUAAAAAUAAUAAAUCCUGUAA